CGCGUGAGUGCGGGUACGUGCGCGGCUUGCGCGUGCGCGUGGCGGCGACUGGCUAGUCUACCAUGGCGAAGCACACGGUGUCGUCGGCGCGGUUUCGCCGGGUGGAUGUGGACGAGUACGACGAGAACAAGUUCGUGGAUGAGGAGGAGGGAGGCGACGGGCAAGCGGGACCCGACGAGGGCGAGGUGGACUCAUGCUUGCGGCAUUCCGUGACCGGGAACAUGAUGGCUGCACUACAGGCAGCUCUGAAGAACCCUCCUAUCAACACAAAGAACCAGGCAGUGAAGGAUCGUGCAGAAAGUAUUGUCCUGAAGGUCCUCAUCUCUUUCAAAGCCAACGAUAUUGAGAAGGCAGUGCAGUCACUGGACAAGAAUGGCGUUGACCUGCUAAUGAAGUACAUCUACAAAGGCUUUGAGAGCCCUUCUGACAACAGCAGCGCUGUGCUGCUGCAGUGGCAUGAGAAGGCCCUGGCUGCUGGAGGAGUAGGGUCCAUCGUCCGUGUUUUGACAGCCAGGAAAACAGUUUAAAUCCAGCAGCAAGUGGUUGUCUGCCAUACACAGUGUGGGAAGUGCUGGUACAAAACCCAAACAGCCAAAUGCCAUUGCUGCCCUGUGGGCAGCACCUGUCUCUCAGCUUGCCUUCUCACUGCUUCUUUCAUACCUGACAAAUAAUGCAUAUCAUGUUCUCCUUUCUUGUUAAGUUCUGGAAAAUU